CUAAUCAUGGAUCUUUUCAUAGCCCUGGUGAUUUUUCUUUCGUGUUUGAGUUUUCUUUUCUUAUGGAAUCAAAGGUCCAGCAGAGGGAAACUUCCACCUGGCCCCACCCCUCUCCCAGUCAUUGGAAAUAUUCUACAAAUAAAUACCAGCGAUAUCAACAAAUCCUUAAGAAAGCUUGCACAAGUCUAUGGCCCUGUGUUCACUGUGUAUUUUGGCAUGAAGCCCACGGUGGUGUUGCAUGGAUAUGAUGCAGUGAAGGAAGCCUUGAUUGAUCAUGGCGAGGUGUUUUCUGGCAGAGGAAGUUUCCCAAUGAUAGACAGGGCGAUACAAGGACUAGGAGUGGCUUUCAGCAAUGGAGAAACAUGGAAGCAAACCCGACGUUUAGUUCUCAUGGUUUUAAGGAACAUGGGGAUGGGGAAGAGGACAAUUGAAGACAGAAUUCAAGAGGAGGCUUUGUGUCUGGUGGAAGCCUUGCAAAAAACCAAUGCAUCUCCCUGUGAUCCUACUUUCCUUUUGGGCUGUGCUCCCUGCAACGUGAUCUGCUCCAUUGUCUUCCAGAAUCGUUAUGACUACAAUGAUAAUAAGUUGCUAACCUUGUUAGAAUAUAUUGAAGAGAAUCUCAGAAUUUCAUCUAACUCCUGGGUACAGCUCUACAAUGCUUUUCCUGCUUUAGUACAUCAUCUCCCAGGAUGUCAUAGGAAGUUUUUUAAAAACAUUUCAGAACAAGAGAAGUUUAUUUUGGAGAAAAUAAAAGAACACCAGGAAACAUUGGACCUCGAUAACCCUCGAGAUUUUAUUGACCACUUUCUGAUUCAAAUGGAAAAGGAAAAACAUAAUAAAAAACCUGAACUUACUAUGGCCAACUUGAUCAUGACCAUAAUGGAUGUGUUUGUUGCGGGAACAGAGACAAUGACUACCACCCUGACAUAUGGACUCCUGCUCUUACUGAAGCACCCGGAGAUCACAGCUAAAGCCAAGGAAGAGAUUGAGCGUGUGAUUGGCAGACACCGGUGUCCUUCAAUGCAGGACAGGAGCAACAUGCCCUACAUGGAGGCCUUGAUACAUGAAAUCCAGAGAUAUAUCGACAUUGUCCCCAACAACCUGCCUCAUGCUGUGACUCAGAACAUUAAUUUCAGAGAAUAUCUUAUUCCGAAGGGCACAACCAUAUUUACAUCUCUGACAUCUGUCCUUUUUGAUGCCAAAGAGUUUCCAAAUCCAGAGAGAUUUGAUCCUGGCCACUUCCUGGAUCAAUGUGGCAACUUUAAGAAGAGCAACUACUUCAUGGUCUUUUCAGCAGGAAAAAGAGCAUGUGUUGGAGAGGGUUUGGCCCGUAUGGAGCUGUUUAUUUUUCUGACUACUAUAUUACAGCAUUUUACCUUGAAACCUCUGGUUGAUCCAAAGGACAUUGACACCACUCCAGUUCUCAAUGGAGUGGGGUCUGUCCCUCCCUUCUAUAAACUAUGUUUUGUUCCAGCCUGAAGAAAUUAUUGACUGCCAGAUUGCAGAGCAAUGCCUUCUAUCCUGUGUGUGAGACAUUACCCACCUACUCCUUUGCAGCAGAAAUGACAUUCCUGAACGCUGUCUCUUUUAAUUUCCCAUUCCGCAAGAUUCAGUUCAAAUUUCUUGCAUGAAA